UCCACAGCAUCCUCAAACAUCACCUUCAUAAUCCCUUUUACUCCUCCUUGGCUUGCAACUGGCAGCCCAGUGGUCUCUGCCUGUAGCAGACCUCUGUUGGAUGCUGUUGUUUGCUUGAGAGAGGGAAGAAAUUGUUUUGAUCUUCUCUAGUCUGUAGUGCAUCAUCAGACGGUGAAGAUGUCCACUUGUGUAAGCAGCAAGAGCAGCUUUCAACUACUAUCUUCUAUAAAAGUUGAAGAAGAGGCACCAAGAGUCACCAUUGAGAAGCAAGGUAUAGUGUCCAUUCUUGGAUCAGACUCUGAAACAACCAAAGCAGCAGCUUCUUUGAGAAGAACUCUUUCAGCUGAUAUGUCCUCAAAGAAAUGGUUAGCUCAAAAUGGCUUCACCAGCUCUAGCCCCAUGAAGAAGAUUGCAUCAUCUGAGAAACUAGCACUUUCAGCCGCUGAUCAUCAUCAUUCGUCAUCAUCUUCUUCUUCUUUUUCAGAAGGAGAAGAGGAGUAUUAUAAAGGUAAUAAAGAAAGGCCUGCACAAGAUGACGUAUGGAUGUCAAUUCAGUCACAUAAAGAGAAAAAGCAGCAGCCAGAUGUGUGGAGUUGGGGCUCAAUUCUUUCCCAAAAGAAUGAGGACUCAUCCAAACUUCCACCCCCUUAUGUUCAUCCUUUAGUAAAAAGAUCUGCUAGCUCUUUGAGUGAAAAAAGCCUCGAAAUUUGCACAGAAAGUCUUGGCUCUGAGACUGGCUCUGAUGGCUUUUCCUCGUACCCGCCUUCUGAAGUAGGCGAUGUAGAUGAGGAAAAAGAUAACGACCAACAACAACCACAACCACAACCACAACCACAACCACAACUACCGCAGUCCUACGAGGACAUGCGAAUUGCAAAGUAUCAUUACUCUAUUUCCAGUAGGAAAUCAGGGCCUCGGUCCUUCCCUCCUCCUCUUCCUUCAUUGGCUCGCGAAGAUAGAACCUCAGUUCACAUGCAGUCUCACAGAGAAAAUGGUAGGUUAGUUCUUGAAGCUGUUUCUGUCCCUCCACAAAACUAUUUCCAGGCUCAACGCGAAGAUGGCCGCCUUCGCCUCACUUUCAUCAAUACUCCUUCCUCACAAGAAGAAGAAAUGGAGGAUGAUGUUCAAGAAUUUGAGCAAGUGUUUGACAAUUUUGAAGAAAUUGAAGAAAAUGGGGGGUCCAAAUUUGAUGAUCCAAGUGAUAAAGGCCAUGAAGAAGAUGAAGAAGAAGAGGAGGAAGUAGUAGUAGUAGUAGUAGAAGAAGAAGAAGAUGAUGAUGAUGAGAAAGUUUUUGAGAAAGAAAAAGGAAGAAGAGAAGUGGAGAUUGUGAUGGAGCAAAACUCAAGAUUGCCAGGUGGAUUGAUGGAUGUGCACAAACCAACAUUGAUGAUGAAAAAGCUAAUGGGACUAGACAAAAAGAAUCUAGCAUGGGCUCCAAGGUUCAACAAAGCUGUCAACUUGGGGGAGGUGGAGGUGGAGUUGGAGGACGCGUUUGCUACUCCACCACUUCCUCAGUCACUUCCAGUUCCACCACCACCGCGGGUGGCUCGACUGAUCUCAGCCCCACCGGCAACCACAGCAGCUACAUCUUUCAAUGCUUAUGAAUACUUCUGGAAAGAGAAGCCCACAAUGGCAAGCAUCAUCAAGCCAAUGUCCACAGCUGAACAAUGCCAGCCUCCCAAAAGCAACCAGAACAAGCUCAUUCUAGCCAGUCAUGGCAGCUUGAAGGGAUAUGAGCAGCAAAAUCUUGUGCUCAUGAGAGGAAACAAGGCAGAAUACUUGGUUCCUUUGUUCAGAGGAUGCAAAGAAUCAAGAGCAAGAUCUCUAUUACUUUGUGAGCCUAAUUGCAUUGCUACCUCCUCAUGAUCCACAACCACAAAUCGAUACCACAGUGCUUCAUCAACCACUUUUUUUUUAAAUUCUUCUUAUAUAAUUCCUCUACGUAAAAUGUUACCUACUACUUGUCCCUCUUUGUAUUAGUAGUACUUUUUACUCUCAGAAAGAGUUAUGUGUAGUAAAAUAAAAUAUUGGAAAAAGGGGGAGAAAUUACUUGUUUGGAUUUAGAGGAUUUAUGGAAGAAAAAUGUGAGAGUACUACAUAAAUUUUUAUUACUCCUGUACACUUUUUUAGUAGCAGUAGUAGUACUACUACUCUGUUAUCUAACAAAAUCUUACCACUAUCUUUGACUUGGUGGUGUGUCUUGUCUGUCUCUGCAUCAUAAUGGAAUAACCUUCUUUUACA